UGAAGUGACAGACGCGGGACCAGGCGAACUCCUCAUGAUUGGAAUCCACCUUCCUCCCUUGUCUUUCCUCACACGACAGCGUCUCCGCAAAGUAUAUCUCCCUUGGCUGGAAGGUGAAUCUUCUUGGUCAUUGAAUAUUGCAAUCUCCUUGUAUAGAAGAACCUCUCGUCUCUCUAGUGAAUACUUGUAGAAGGAUCCUUCCCUUCCCCCACUAUUACGACAUUUUGUUUAAUACAUUCCAUCGUUCAAGCGACUACAUUCAUUUUACCCCACCAUACCUAAACUUCGAUUCUGCCUUUGUCAACUCUCAAGGUCUUCGAAAUUCAAAACUUCAAAAGCGCUCACAAUGGCGACUGAAUCGAAGGCCCCCGUAUCAAGUGUAGGACCCAACUACCGACCUGAGCAGCAAAAGCCAACGGCUACAAUCUCCAAAGAGGUCCCCUUUGAGAAUGUGCACACGUUGCCCCAGACACCACAACUCAUUGCUCUCCUCACGUGGGUUCACAUCAUCUUUUUCUCAAAUAUGAGAAAACCCACUGAUUCAAUGUGACCUCCAGCAUGAUUAGAGACAAGAACACAGAGCGUGCAGAUUUCAUCUUCUACUCGAACCGAAUCAUUAGACUGCUAGUCGAAGAGGGGCUCAAUCAUCUUCCAGUGGUUGCUCACGCUAUUCAGACCCCUGUAGGCCGACAAUAUGCGGGUGUUCAAUUCCAAGGAAAGAUUUGCGGAGUUUCUAUCAUGAGAGCUGGUGAGGCUAUGGAGGAGGGAUUAAGGAACUGUUGCCGUUCUGUGAGAAUUGGCAAGAUCCUGAUUCAGAGAGAUGAAGAAACUUGCAUGCCAAAGCUCUUCUAUGACAAGCUUCCAGAGGACAUUGCUGAUAGAUGGUGUUUAUUGCUGGAUCCUAUGUUUGCAACUGGUAAGCGUAACUGGGUUUAUAGAUAUAGCUGGCUAACAAAUCUGUGUAGGAGGCUCUGCAAUCAUGGCUGUUGAGGUCUUGAAAUCCCGUGGUGUGCCGGAGAACCGAAUUCUAUUCUUGAACCUUAUAGCCAGCCCUGAAGGUAUCGAAAAGUUCGCUACCAAGUUCCCACAACUCAGAGUAGUAACAGCAUUCAUUGACCAGGUUAGUCUUCCUUUGAGACCCAAAAAUGAAAAACAGCUAACAAAUAUAAUAGGGAUUGGAUGAGAAGAAGUAAGCUUGUUUUUCCUACGCUUAUUUAACAUUCUGAGUUGCUAACUUUCUGUAGUUAUAUUGUUCCAGGCCUUGGGGAUUUCGGAGACAGAUUUUACACCAUGUAGAAGG